AGGAGCACCUGCACCUGAUAAAACACCUCUGAUAACGCUUCAGUUUGUACUUGUAAACUAGUGUGACAUACUUGUGAAAUGUGUUUGUGAAUUUCUUACGUUUAGUGUAAAAUUUUAUUGCGACCAUGGCUUAUCCCAUGUACGAAGUCGAUUGGAGUGUUUUACCACCUGAACAAAACAGAAGGUUUAACCCAGCGUUUAACAUUGCCACCAUAAAACAAGUGGUAAAUGAGGCCAUAGAGAGAGUGAGGAUGCAGACUCCGACUCGGUUACGAGAUUUGAUAAGACAGAUACGAGCCGCUAGGACCGCGGCAGAAGAAAGGAGUGUUGUGAACAAGGAGUGCGCGUAUAUUAGGUCUACCUUCAGGGAAGAGGAUAGUGUUUGGAGAUGUCGGAACAUAGCGAAACUCCUGUACAUCCACAUGUUGGGCUAUCCGGCGCACUUCGGUCAACUGGAAUGCCUGAAGCUAAUAGCCAGUCCUCGCUUCACGGACAAGCGAGUGGGUUACUUGGGAGCCAUGCUGCUCCUGGAUGAAAGGCAAGACGUACAUCUGCUGAUCACCAAUUGUCUGAAAAAUGACCUUAACAGCAACACACAGUUCGUAGUCGGUCUAGCGCUGUGCACGUUGGGUGCAAUCGCUUCACCGGAAAUGGCGAGAGACCUCGCCUCAGAAGUGGAGAGGCUGAUCAAAUCACCCAACGCCUAUAUUAAGAAAAAGGCAGCGUUAUGUGCCUUCAGGAUCAUAAGACGUGUACCGGAUUUGAUGGAGAUGUUCCUACCGGCGACCAGGAGCCUGCUGACGGAGAAAAAUCAUGGUGUCUUAAUCACCGGAGUGACACUCAUCACUGAGAUGUGUGAGAACAGUCCAGACACACUCAAUCAUUUCAAAAAGGAGAGCGGACAGCGCGAGAUUGUACCAAAUUUGGUGAGAAUAUUGAAGAAUCUUAUCUUGGCCGGAUAUUCGCCGGAACAUGACGUCAGUGGUGUUUCAGAUCCUUUCCUACAGGUGAAAAUCCUUCGUCUGCUCAGAAUACUUGGUAAAAACGAUGCCGAGGCAUCCGAAGCAAUGAACGACAUACUAGCCCAAGUGGCCACCAAUACAGAAACAAGCAAGAACGUUGGCAACACCAUAUUAUAUGAGACAGUACUUUCAAUUAUGGAUAUUAAGUCUGAAAGUAGUCUCCGGGUCCUGGCUAUCAAUAUCCUGGGACGUUUCCUACUCAACAAUGAUAAGAACAUCAGAUAUGUUGCUUUGAAUACUCUGCUGAGGACCGUGCAUGUUGAUACAUCAGCGGUACAAAGACAUAGGACUACGAUUUUGGAGUGUUUGAAGGAUCCCGACGUAUCGAUAAGACGUCGAGCCAUGGAACUGUCUUUCGCUCUGAUCAACAGUCAGAACAUCCGCGCCAUGAUGAAGGAACUACUCGCUUUCCUGGAGCGUUCGGACCCUGAGUUCAAGGCGCACUGCUCCAGUGCUAUGGUGUUAGCUGCGGAGAGAUACGCUCCGUCUAGCAAGUGGCACCUGGAUACGUUGUUCCAGGUUCUCUUGAAGGCCGGCAACUACCUCCGCGACGACACGGUGUCGAGCACGCUGCAGAUCGUGUCGGCGGCGCCGGGCGAGCGCCAGGCCUACGCCGCCAUGAGGCUGUGGACUUCGCUGGAGCGCUCGGCCGUCUCCGCCGACGCUACCGAGAGGCAGCCGCUCGUGCAGGUGGCAGCAUGGACCAUCGGAGAAUACGGAGAUAUGUUGGUGUCAGAAGCCAGUAACGCUAUAUCGAUGGUGGAUGAUGAUGGUGUUGAUGACUUCACUCGUCCGACCGAGGAAUACGUGAUAGAUAUAUACCAGAAGUUGUUAUGGUCUACACAGCUCUCAAUUACUACUAAGGAAUAUCUGCUGCUCUCAUUGGCAAAGUUGUCAACAAGGUUCACUACGAGACCAAGUCAAGAUAAAAUCCGGGUGAUAAUCGACACAUUUGGUUCUCAUAUCCACAUCGAGUUGCAGCAGAGAGGAGUGGAACUUUCUCAACUUUAUAAGCAGUACGCUCACCUACGGCCCGCGCUACUGGAGCGCAUGCCGCCCAUGGAGGCGGCCGCGAACACGGACCGUGACGACAGCGAGCCGGACGAGGCGCCGGCCUCUGCGCACGCCGACGACACGCACUCGCCGCCCGAGCAGGACGCACUAUUAGAUUUGAUUAUUGGUUCAGAACCUCUAUCAAACGGCGACGUAGAACAUGCUCCAGUCGCACCCACGAAUAAUAAAACUAACACUAAUGAUAUACUAGACCUACUAAGCGGUCUAGAUCUAAGCGCACCCGCAGUGGCCACGCCCACCGCUGUGAGCGUCGCCAACAACAAUGUGACGUCACCGUCGCUUCUGCUCGACGGACUGUUUGCGCCUGCGCAGCCGGUUGUACAGCCACAAGAGACAGUUGUCCGUGCAUUGGAACGUAACGGCCUACUAGUGGAGUUUGGCGCCGUGCGUGGUGGGGACACCGCCACUCUGACCAUGCGGGCUCGCUCGUCAUCGCCCAGCACGCUCACCGACUUCCUCUUCCAGGCCGCCGUGCCCCGGACUUUCCGAUUGGACAUGAUGUCUCCGUCGGGAACAGUACUCACCCCACAAGGAGAGAUCACGCAGAUACUCAAAAUUACCAAUCCAUCCAAGACUCCUCUCAGACUACGGAUAAGAGUAUCGUACAACAUUGAUGGCAAUCCCGUAUUAGAACAGGCAGAGGUCAACAACUUCCCGCCCGACUUGUUCAACUGACGCGGGCCCCACACCGAGAGAAACUGGCUUUACAGACCAUUAGUGGACACCGUUAACUAUUCAACAUAAUGAUAUUUAAUCCCACUUUUGGGUGAUGUAUAAAUAGUCAAAAACCUCUAUCCAACCGGUUAGUCAUCCCUUUCAACUUUAUUGAACAAUAAUUGUGCAAUUUUUGCUGUCAAAGUGCAAAAAGAGGUCAGUUAAGCAAAUCAAUUUUCGGUAAUAGCAGAAUCUGUUGCUAAUAUUGAAUUAAAUUUAACAUUAACUUCACCAUAAAAAUAUUUUUGGUAAUUAGCAAAUGAUAGAUAUUUUAAUGUUAUAAAGCAUUCAAUUAUGCGAUGAUUGCGCGAGUAUCGCGAAAUGCUGAAUUGUAGAAAAAUCUUAUGUAACUAAUUAGAACUACAAACUGUUCUGGUGUCUAAAAAAUAAAAUUGUGUCACAUUAUCAGUCAUGAACCAUAUUAUUUACUUUUUAGGGAUUUUAUUAAAAAAAAAUAAUAAAAAAAAUAUAA